GUCCUCCAACCUCGUUCUCCAUACAACACAAUAUGGAUCACCAGGCUGUUUACACUACCGACGAGUAUGGUCGGCCGUUCAUCAUUCUCCGCGAGCAGGCGAGGAAAACUCGCACUCAUGGGAUAGAAGCGAUUAAGACACAUAUCCUCGCUGCGCGCACAGUAUCUAACAUCAUUCGGACCUCGUUAGGACCACGAGGCCUUGACAAAAUUCUGAUUUCACCCGAUGGCGAGAUCACAGUCACGAAUGAUGGUGCGACGAUCUUGAGUCAGAUGGAGGUAGAGCACCAGAUUGCGAAGCUUCUGGUCCAGCUAUCCAAGAGCCAGGACGAUGAGAUCGGAGACGGUACGACGGGUGUCGUCGUUCUCGCUGGCGCGCUGCUCGAACAGAGUGAGGCUCUCCUUGACCGUGGGAUCCACCCCAUUCGGAUUGCCGAUGGCUUCGAUCGUGCUUGCAGAAUCGCGGUGCAGAACCUGGAUAAUAUUGCGGAUCGGGUAGAAUACUCGCGGGAGAACACAGAGAACCUCCUCAAAACCGCCAUGACCAGUCUUGGCAGCAAAAUCGUCUCCAAGGAGCACCAGCAAUUUGCUCAGAUCGCUGUUGACGCGGUCCUUCAGGUUGCCGAUCUUGAACGCAAGGAUGUUCUCUUUGACCUCAUCAAGGUCGAUGGGAAAGUUGGUGGCUCCCUCGGCGACACGAAACUCAUCAAGGGUGUCCUCAUCGACAAGGACAUGUCCCAUUCUCAGAUGCCGCACUCCGUCAAAGAUGCCCGCCUCGCCAUUCUCACCUGUCCCUUUGAGCCUCCACGGCCCAAGACAAAGCAUAAGUUAGACAUCUCAAGCGUGGAAGAGUACAACAAACUUAGAGAAUACGAGAAAGAAAAGUUUAUGGACAUGAUAAAGCGAGUCAAGGACAGUGGCGCCAACCUGGUCAUCUGCCAGUGGGGUUUCGAUGACGAGGCAAACCAUCUGUUGAUGCAAAAUGAGCUGCCUGCAGUGCGAUGGGUUGGUGGUCCAGAGAUCGAGCUGAUCGCUAUCGCCACCAAUGGUCGUAUCGUGCCUCGCUUUGAGGACCUGACGCCAGAAAAACUGGGAAAAGCGGGUAUUGUUCGCGAAGUCUCUUUUGGCACUACUCGGGACAAGAUGCUUGUCAUCGAGGAAUGCGCCAACACCCGCGCUGUCACUAUCUUCGUGCGUGGAAGCAAUAAGAUGAUCGUUGACGAGUCAAAACGCGCUCUCCACGAUGCUAUCUGUGCCGUUCGCAACCUCAUUGUGGACAACCGCGUUGUCUAUGGUGGUGGUGCCGCGGAUGUCAGCUGCUCGCUAGCCGUUCAAAAGGCCGCUGACGAGAUUGCGUCCAUCGAACAAUAUGCGAUGCGCGCCUUCGCAUCUGCACUAGAUGCCAUUCCUCUCGCUCUCGCAGAGAACAGUGGUCUUUCUCCAAUUGAGACUUUGGCCGAAGUGAAGAGCCGGCAGGUCAAAGAGGGCAACCCGAGUCUGGGUAUUGACUGCAAUGGUAGGGGCGAGAACGACAUGAAAAAACAAUUUGUAAACGAUCCCCUGAUUUCCAAGAGGCAGCAGUACUUGUUGGCGACUCAGCUCGCCCGUGCAGUGCUAAAAAUAGACGAUGUCAUCACCGCUGGAGAGGCAGACGAGUAGUCAUGAAAGAUGUAUGAUAGAUAGAAUCACACUAAUCUUGUGCUUUUUCCAGUGUGCCGGGCAACUGGACCUUUCCGUC